AUUAUAUACACACUUUAAUUUGUUCUCUCAAGAGUAUCCACAGUCUGAUAAACACUGAUAGCAAAAAUGGGCAAGGGUGGGAUGUCCCAUGGAGAUGAUCAACAAGAGAACAUGGCUGCUUGGCUUGUUGGUAUCAACACCCUCAAGAUUCAACCUUUCAAAAUUGGUUAUGAAACUAUGAUACAGGAUGUAGAUGAAGAAGUGGUUCAGAUACGUAAAGCUAUGGGAGCUGGAGUGGAUGUGACCUUUGAUUGUGCAGGCUUUAAUAAAACCAUGUCAACAGCUCUGCGUGCUACUAGUCCUGGCGGCAAAGUUUGCCUCGUGGGAAUGGGGCACGAGGCAAUGACUCUCCCGCUCACUUCAGCGUCAGCCAGGGAGGUAGAUGUGAUUGGUAUUUUCCGAUACAAGAACACAUGGCCUCUGUGCCUUGAAUUUUUGAGAAGUGGCAAGAUUGAUGUGAAGAGGAAAGGAUAA